GGCCGGCUGGGACAGGGGGGGUCCGGGCGCACUCGGGGCGCAAUGGCCGCGUGGGGUGAUCGGCUGGCUGGUGUGCGCGGGGUACUGCUCGACAUCUCGGGAGUGCUGUACGACAGCGGCGAGGGCGGCGGCGUCCCGAUCGCCGGCUCGGUGGAGGCGGUGGCGAGACUGAAGCGGUCCCAGCUGAAGGUGAGAUUCUGCACCAACGAGUCGCAGAAGUCCCGGGGAGAGCUGGUGGCACUGCUUCGGCGACUGGGAUUUGACAUCUCCCAGGAGGAGGUGACUGCCCCGGCACCCGCCACCUGUCAGGUCCUGAAGGAGAGAGGCCUGCGCCCUCACCUGCUCGUCCACGACGGAGUCCGCUCAGAGUUUGACCAGAUUGACCAGUCCAACCCAAACUGUGUGGUGAUGGCAGACGCCGGGGAGAGCUUUUCUUACCAGAACAUGAACAAGGCCUUCCAGACACUCAUGGAGCUGGAGAAUCCCGUGCUCAUAUCCCUGGGAAAAGGACGCUACUACAAAGAAACCUCGGGCCUGAUGCUGGACGUCGGAGCCUACAUGAAGGCGCUCGAGUACGCCUGUGGGAUUGAAGCCGAAGUGGUGGGGAAACCUUCUCCCGAGUUUUUCAAGUCCGCCCUGCAAGCAAUGGGAGUGGAAGCCCACCAGGCCAUCAUGAUUGGAGACGACAUCGUGGGUGACGUUGGCGGUGCCCAGCGGUGUGGAAUGAGAGCGCUGCAGGUGCGGACUGGGAAGUUCAGGCCCAGUGAUGAGUACCAUCCAGAAGUGAAGGCUGAUGGGUACGUGGACAACCUUGCAGAGGCUGUGGACCUGCUGCUGCAGCAUGCGGACAAGUGACAGCCUUCAGGGAGGGUACAGCCUCCUUCCAUUACUGUCCCUCCUCCCCCGGUUCUCAGGACACCCAAAUCCCUGACAGCCCCACCCUCUGCCCUCUUUGAGGGGAAGGCCCUGCUGGGCUACCUGGCUCCUGCACCACAGCCAACCAGACCGUUCCUCAGCCCCCCUCAGCCAUGCUUCCCUGGGCUCCUGGGCAGAGGUUUGCUCAUGACCCACAUGAUGUGCUCACCUGCCUGGCCCUGCCAUGCCUCUGCCUUGGUGAUGUCCAAAGGGUGGGACAGACCUGCCAGGCCUCCAGAGAGUGAAAGUCCUCUGAGCAGGGCUGGAGGCUCUCCCUGGGGUUGUCCUGGAUUCAUUCAUGCACCAUUCACACCUGGUCAUUGAGUGCAGUGAGCUCCACCUAGCUGGGUGUAGAGGAUGUUACCCCUUCACCAGGCUCUCUGCAGCCAAGUGAGGAGCCUGGAGAAAAAACAGAGGCCUCCUGGGCACAUCAAGCAGCUCAGAGCCGAACCAGCCUGCCUAGGCCUGCUGGGCACCCCACCUAGGGCCAGCCCACGGCUUUUCCUUUCCCUGCGAGUCACACUGCAGAUAGGCUGGGGGUAGCUCCCUGGGGCACUUUGAAGGGUACCAUACUACAGAGGUUAAGGUUGCAUACACAGAGGGUACUCUGGACCAGACUAGACAGAAUGAACUAACGGCUCAAUAAACUUGGCCUUGAAUAGCA